AUGCACCGCUCCCCAGAUGCCAACGCGCUGGCAGACACAGCCCUGCUACUGCAAGUCAAGUUUCGGAAUGCCAGGCUGGGUGGUGGGCGUGGCCGGGGCGUGGCCGGGGUCCUGACGUCACCUGUCACUCUGAACCCGGCCUCCCGACGGGGAGGAGGAUGCCAGUCUGAGGCCGAGGGCGACACACCACACAGACCGCCCCGGCCAACGAAAACAAAACCACCACCGCAAAACCACCCCGGGGGCAUGGCUGAAGUGGGCCGCGCGCCCCCCGCCACCCCGGGCCCCCGCAGGCUCGCGCACCCCGCCAACCCGGGCCCGCGCACCCCGCCAACCCGGGCCCGCGCACCCCGCCACCCCGGGCCCCCGCAGGCCGCGCGCCCCCCCGCCACCCCGGGCCCCCGCCACCCCGGGCCCCCCGCCACCCCGGGCCCCCGCAGGCCCGCGCCCCCCCGCCACCCCGGGCCCCCGCCACCCCGGGCCCCCGCCACCCCGGGCCCCCGCCACCCCGGGCCCCCCCGCCACCCCGGGCCCCCGCCACCCCGGGCCCCCGCCACCCCGGGCCCCCCGCCACCCCGGGCCCCCGCCAUCCCGGGCCCCCGCCACCCCGGGCCCCCGCAGGCCCGCGCCCCGCGCCACCCCCGGGCCCCCCGCCACCCCGGGCCCCCGCAGGCCCGCGCCCCGCGCCACCCCGGGCCCCCCGCCACCCCGGGCCCCCCGCCACCCCGGGCCCGCGCCCCCCAGACUCACCGGGGCGGGGCGCGCAGGGACGGGUCCCGCACGGGACGGCCGGCCUGGCGCGGCGCGGAGCCCGGGGAGCGCGGCGAGCGGCGCCCCGCACCUCCGGAUCCCGGGACCGACCGACCCGGCGGGCGGCGCGGGGGCGCGGCGGGGCGGGUCUCACCUGGCGGGGCGCGGGGCCCUCGGCACCCCGGGCCGGGAGCGGGCGGGGAGCCGGCCGGAAUAGGCUGUGGGCGGGGCCGUCGGGGACUGGGCGGGGCGCGCAGGCCGCUCCCUUCGCCCCCGCCCGCCCCCUGUGACCCGGACGCGGGGCCCUCGGCGCCCCCACGCUCGGCGCACACGCGCCGUGCCUCGGCUCGUCCCGCCCCCCACGUCCCGCCGGUUCCUCGCGGCCCGGGGCCCCCGCGCGUCUCCGGCGGGGGUCAGGGGCGGACGCACAGGAAGGGCCGCUCCCUUCCCCGGGGCUGGCUCCGGGGGCUCCGGGAAGCAGGCGCUCCGGCCCGGGCCGCACCCCGGGACCCGGCCGGUGCCAGGCCCGGACCCCGGGACCCCGACCACACCCCGGGACGGGACCCCGACCAGACCCCGACCACACCCCGGGACGGGACCCCGACCACACCCCGACCACACCCCGGGACGGGACCCCGACCAGACCCCGGGACCGGGACCCCGACCACACCCCGGGACCGGGACCCCGGGACGGGACCCCGACCACACCCCGACCACACCCCGGGACGGGACCCCGACCACACCCCGACCACACCCCGGGACGGGACCCCGACCACACCCCGGGACGGGACCCCGGGACGGGACCCCGACCAGACCCCGGGACGGGACCCCGACCACACCCCGACCGGACCCCGGGACGGGACCCCGACCAGACCCCGGGACGGGACCCCGACCACACCCCGACCGGACCCCGGGACGGGACCCCGACCACACCCCGGGACGGGACCCCGGGACGGGACCCCGACCACACCCCGGGACGGGACCCCGACCACACCCCGACCGGACCCCGGGACGGGACCCCGACCAGACCCCGGGACGGGACCCCGACCACACCCCGACCAGACCCCGGGGACGGGACCCCGGGACGGGACCCCGACCAGACCCCGGGACGGGACCCCGACCACACCCCGGGACGGGACCCCGACCACACCCCGACCGGACCCCGACCACACCCCGACCGGACCCCGACCACACCCCGACCGGACCCCGGGGACGGGACCCCGACCACACCCCGGGACGGGACCCCGGGGCCGGGCCUCUCGCCUCGCGGGGCCGGGGCGGAGUGCGGGAAUAAAUAGCAACAUGACCGGGCCGGCAUUUAAAGCCCGGGCUCCACGCCGGGCGCGUCCCGGAGGUGACAGGCCGGGCCGGGCCGGGGGCGCCGGGAGAGGCAGGUGCCGAAGCCCGCGCCCCCACCGGCCCCCUGGGUCCCGGGGAGCCCUGGCCCCCGCGGUCCUGGCGCGCGUCCUCCCACGCGCGGGCCCCCGGGCGCGGGACCGGCCGCAGCCCGCGCUCCGCCCGCCUCUAGGUGGGGCCGGGAAGCCCCGGGGCCGCAGCGCCGGGGAAGCUCGUUUGGAGGCGGGUCUUGCUGAACCCUGA